AUGGCUGCAGUGCAUGCCCGAUCCAAACUGAUGGCUCGUGAUCAGUUAUUGAAUAUCAGUUCCUCCUUGACUGACACAGCCUCAUCAUCCUCAAUCGAAAGGAAUGAAGUAGAACAACCAAUUUCUUCCAUCAGCCUUCCAGUCGGAGCGGAAAUUGGUAUUGGUCUUGUUAUCGGCAUUGUUACUUGCGCGUUAGUGCUUGUCAUAUUACUACUUUUCAGCUGUAUCAGAAGAAAUCGAGUUCAUCGUCUUACAGCAAAGGACCCACCAGUACUCUUUGUGAAUGAGGAAGAUAAUCCGCCAGAACGUCGUCUAUCUUCGACGCAAGACUUCGAGAUACAUCAGAAGACGCCCGAUGAAGAACGUUCGCAUGUCAUGUCACAGCAUCUGUGGACCAGCCCCGAUGAUGUUGCACCUAGAUAUGAGCCUCGUGAGCAGCAAGAAAGACAGAGUUUCGCUGAAAUACAACCGGAAAAUCGGGAAGAGCCUGUUGACAGGCAAAACAGACAGCAUACUCACCCAACUUCACACUUUCACUCAGACGCAGGCGAAGAAACACCCAGCUACUCGUCCCAUCAUGAUUCCUACGGCUCUUGGACAAACUCUCCAUCUAGCAUAUUUCAAGUCCCCAGUUACAAAUCAUCCUAUUCUUCCCAACAGCAGCAAAAACAGCUUGUGUAUUCUUCAAACUCAAACCCAACACCUAGUCAAAGUAAUCAUUAUCAACAAGAAGUGUACAUGCCCCGACAAGAAUCAAUCAAAAUCCAACAACCAGUACCCUCUUAUAGUCCAUGGCGAAAUCACAGAUUACUGAAUAGAGCCUAUUCGGCGGGAAGUGCACAACAGACACCCAACCGAGAUGAAUCGCGAUUUCAACUGGAGAUGAAACACGAAGCCGCGCACGUUGCAAGUAAAAAAGUCAAGGUAAAGAGAGGAAGUGCUGUAGAAAACCAUUCUGCAACCAAUUCAGAGCCUUCUAAAACUAGGAAACACCUCAAAGCUGCACCAAAAAGAAAGACUAAAGAUAAAAGUCCGCGCGCAAUCUCCCCUUUAACAAAAGCAUCUAAUCUCCAGAAAACAUCUGCUGAGCAUAAUCCCCAUAUCUUAGCAGAGCCAAAAUCAAAUCAGAAAGCAACAAAUCAAGAUCAAGAUAGAAAGAGAGAUCAGAUACCCCAUCCACUUCAAUCUCAUCCUUACUCCCCAAUAGAAAACAUUGAGAUCUCCAAAUCUUACACUAAGGAAAAUCCUCUGCCCUCACCACCCACCCAGCAUCCUAUGAUCCCCGAACUCGAGGGCUCAGAACAGAAGUUCUUAUGA